UGGGAGUGGGAGAGAACAAAGCUUCUCGACAUUUGCCUUGGUCGCGUGAUCUACAAAAUUAUCGAUGAGAUGUUUUUCUGGUGUAGAUGAAAUUCGUUCAAGUCAGGGAAGAUACGCCGCGAGUAGAGUAGGUGUUUUCCAGAUUUGUAGAUUUGAAAACCAAACAAACCUAAUGUUGUGUCGGAGAUUGGUGCUGAGUCGGGGAGGUACUCGUACUACUCCAUAUGUCUCUUUUAUCCUUACCUCUUGCGAACGAGGCUUCUCUGGUGGUGGUGGUGUCAGCAGCAGAAGCGGUAGAAAUCUCUCUUGUUACAAAGAGAGAUUGAGAAGUGGCAUAGCUGGUAUAAAGAAAGAUGAGGCUGUUGCUCUGUUUCAGUCCAUGAUUAGGUCUCGUCCUCUUCCUACGCUCAUAGAUUUCAAUCAGCUGUUUACUGCAGUUGCCAAAACAAAACAGUAUGAUCUCGUGUUACAUCUUUGCAACCAAAUGGAGCUGCAAGGAAUUGCACACGACAUUUACACUCUGAGUAUCGUCAUCAAUUGCUUCUGCCGGCGUCGCCGACUCGGUUUUGCUUUUUCUGCGAUGGGAAAGAUGUUGAAACUUGGGUAUGAGCCUAACACUGUCACAUUCUCUACUUUGAUCAACGGUUUAUGUCAGGAGGGUCGAGUUUCCCAAGCUGUGGAGUUAGUUGAUCGUAUGGUGGAAAUGGAGGUUGUUCCAAAUCUUAUUAUACUCAACACUCUUGUCAAUGGGCUUUGUCUCAAAGGUGAAGUGUCUGAAGCAAUGUCUUUGAUAGACCGAAUGAUGGCUAAUGGAUGCCAACCCAAUGAAGUUACUUAUGGUCCUAUUUUAAACAGAAUGUGCAAGUCAGGGAACACUGCCUUGGCUUUCGAUCUGUUCAGGAAGAUGGAAGAUAGAAAGAUCAAGCUUGAUGCUGUCAAAUACAAUAUCAUCAUAGACGGUCUUUGCAAAGACGGGAGCCUUGAAGAUGCCCUCAACCUUUUCAAUGAAAUGGAAACCAAAGGGAUCAAAGCAGAUGUCUGUACCUACACCUCUCUCAUAGGAGGCUUCUGUAGUUUUGGUAGAUGGGAUGAUGGCGCACAGCUGCUGAAGGAUAUGAUUGCAAGGGAAAUCACCCCGGACGUCUUCACUUUCAAUACUUUGAUUGAUAGUUUUGUGAAAGAAGGAAAGCUUACCGAGGCUAAAGAGCUGUACAAUGAGAUGAUCACAAGAGGGAUAGAUCCUACUACCAUUACGUAUAAUUCUUUAAUAUAUGGGUUGUGCAUGGAGAACAACACCCUAGGUGAAGCCAACCAGAUGCUGGAACUGAUGGUUACCAGGGGAUGCGAUCCUAGCAUCGUGACUUAUAACACCCUUGUAAACGGAUAUUGCAAGGCGAAACGGGUUGAUGAAGCCAUGAGACUUUUCCGCAAAAUGUCUCCAACAGGAAUGGUUGCCAAUACAGUCACUUAUAGCAGUCUCAUCCAAGGGUUUUGUCACUCAGGAAAAAUUAACGUUGCCAAGGAACUCUUCCAAGAGAUGGUUUCUGAAGGUGUUCAUCCUGAUAUUGUGACUUACGGUAUUUUGCUGGAUGGGUUGUGUGACAAUGGAGAACUAGACAAGGCUUUGGAAAUACUUGAUCAAAUGCACAACAGUAAGAUGGAACUUGACAUUGGUGUCUAUAAUAUCAUCAUUCACGGGAUGUGCAAUGCAAGUAAGGUCGAUGAAGCUUGGGAGUUAUUCUGUAGCCUACCUUCGAAAGGAGUGGAGCCUGAUGUCAAAACAUAUACUAUUAUGAUUGGAGGAUUAUGUAAGAAAGGUUCAUUGUCUGAAGCGGGCCUGUUGUUUAAGAAAAUGGAAGAGGAUGGGAUUGCGCCAAGUAGCGGUACAUACAACACUUCUAUCAGGGCAUAUCUCCGAGAAGGUGACUUAGCCAAAUCAGCUAAACUUAUAGAAGAAAUGAAGAGUUGUGGGUUCUGUGCAGAUGUUUCCACCAUUAAGAUUGUUAUGGAUAUGUUAUCGGAUGGUAGAAUGAAGAAAAGCUUUCUAGACAUGCUUUCUUAGAAUGUUAAGACUCUUUAGUUUGCAAUAGACAAAAGUCCCAAUUAGUGUUUUGAUGAUGUGUAUUUGGGCUUAUUAGUUGAAACUAAAUUUGUUUGUUAACAUCUAAUCAGAGCUUGAUGCCUUCAGCCUUGUCCUUA